AAUAGAUGGCAGGAAAAUCGUGUGUUGUUCAAAAAUCAGUAAUUUAAUUAAAUGGCAGGUAAUCAAUCAGCACAUCCAGACAUUGUAUGUCCUUAUAAUGCAGAAAGGUUUGGAAAUGUGAGAGAAGUAACAUCAUGCAUUAUUUCAGUCUCAUCAUGCAAACCAGGAUUUGGAGUUGAUCAACUAAGGGAUAAUUUAUUGGAUACUUAUUGGCAAUCAGAUGGUCAAUUACCACAUUUAAUCAACAUCCAGUUCCCUCAAAAAACCACAAUUAGUCAUGUGUACAUUUUUAGUGACUACAAACUUGAUGAAUCAUAUACGCCUGGGAAAAUAUCUAUUAGGCAAGGAACUCACUUUAAUGAUCUUAAUGAAAUAGAAGUGGUUACUCUUUGUGAGCCAUCUGGAUGGACAGUUAUUCCUAUUAAAACUAUUCGUGAUAAACCUGUAAGAACAUUCAUGCUACAAAUAGCUAUAAUAAGUAAUCACCAAAACGGACGUGAUACGCACAUGAGACAGAUUAAAAUUCAUUCUCCUGUAGAACAACCAAAGAAUCAGGCACUGGAUUAUGUCAAUGAAUAUUCUACAGUCGAAUUUCAACAAUUUGCUACAAUUCGAUAAGUUUGAUUCAUGCAGGUAUCACUGAUGUAUUAAUCUGUUUCCUAUCUUUAUUAAAUAAACUUCAAUUACACA